AUUGCGUGUUUAUGCGUGAAACAGAAGUGAUAAGAUGGCGGAUCCACUCACGUUACUUCGUCAGUUCAACAUAAAUAAAAAAGAUAUAAGCGAAGAUGAUAAAUACAUAUCGUUCGAUGCCGUGUCUUUUUUAAAGACUUCAAAGACCAGCUACAUAAUUUGCAGAACGACACCAAAGGAAUAUUACACUCUUGAAGCGCUUUUGUUUUUACUCAAAAAUGUCCAUCUUUCGCAUCCAAUCUACGUCCAGCGAGCCGGUGCUGCAAAAGUACCAGUCGUUCGUUUUCCUGACAGAAAGGAUUUACUUGCAUUCUUAAAUGGCGACAAAGAAACUACACAAAGUAUCGAUAAAAGUGCUCCAUUGGAACUUCCCGUGCAGCGUACGACAUCGCUCACUUCGAAAAGGCCACUUCAAGAAGGGUCGUCCGAAGGAGCGAAGAAAGCACGAACCGAAGACGGGCAAGCAAGAUACGACAUCCAGGAAUGGCUUGCUUCAAAGCUGCAAGAUAAGAAAGAGGGUGCCGUGACAACAGAGAAAAUCAGGAAAGAAGGAAAAGGAGGACUGAACACAGUUAUGUCUGUUGAGAAGAUUGCAGAAAUUAAGAGAAAGAUUAUCACAAGGAAAAGAGGAACCAUCAAGGGUGAUGAUGAAUUGGAGUCAGGAAUGUUAGAGCAAGCCCCAAUGCCACCUACAGCUUUUACUGCAAUUCCAGAUAUUGAAACGGAUGUGACAAAAGACAUUGUGAUGAGGGAGAGACUUCUGAGAACAAGGACAAGUGUUUUACAGAGUUCUGGAAAGGUGUUCCUGAAAAAUGUCUUAGCUAUUUUACAGUCAGUGAAAGCGAAAGAAGGAGGAAAGGUUGAACAAACCAAACCAGAGCAGCCACCAUUAAAAAAGGAGGCACCAGAGCUUGCAAAGAAGCCAGUUCCAGCUGCAUCUUACAGUCGUUAUGACCAAGAGAGGUUUGGAAGCCAUAUUGACAAAGGUGGAUUUAAAAUUGAUACUAGUGCCACUUUCCAUGGUCUUAGUCUUGAAAGCAUGAAGGAAGGUAAAAGUCAACGCCAAGUCACCCAGCCAACUGCAAACUCAAACCCAAAUAAAUCCCCAAGGCAUAUUCCAAGUGCACAAAAGCCAAGUGGUCUGCCACAAAAACGAGAGUCUAAAACCCCAAUCAUCAUUGUUCCAGCAGGAACUACUUCACUUAUAUCCUUGUUGAAUGUAAAAGAUUUUCUCCAAGAUUAUAAAUUUGCGUCUCCUGAAGAUAAGAAAAAGUCUGGUGUUGUGAAAGAGAGUGAAGUUUUACUUCAGAGGAAGAAGGAUAUGGUACUGAACCAGCAAAUUCAAAAUGUAACUGUUCCUCUAAGAGUUGUUGAUCAGCCUUUAAAAUUAUCAUCAAAUGACUGGAAUAGGGUUGUUGCAGUUUUCGUCCAAGGUCCAUUAUGGCAGUUCAAAGGAUGGCCUGCAGUGCUACCAGAUGGUUCUCCAGUGGAAAUCCUUACAAAAAUCAAAGGCUUUCAUGUUAAGUAUGAUGACAUGAAGCUGGAUGCCAAUGUCAAGAAAUGGGAUGUUGAAGUUUUAACAGUUAGCAGAAAUAGGCGACAUAUGGACAGAGCCUGUGCAUUGAAAUUUUGGGAAAUUCUUGAUAAAUUCAUGGUUAAAAACAAGCCAAAUUUGAGAUAUUAAUAACUUCAAAUAUGAUUGUGAACCAGUAAUAUUUUGAUGGAAUUACAUCAAUUCAGCUUCUUAUUUAGAUUUAGAAGUUGUUUCAGACUUCUCCAUACAACAUCUUUUAACUUGGAUCAGAAUUAGCUGUGAAAAGUAAGAUAAACUAUACAUUUCAAUAAUGCUGAAGUUUUUUAUAUUGAUACAGUGGUGGCAAAGGUAUGCCUUUGUGAGACAUCAAAAAUGACAGUGGAUGGAUGAGGUAAGUUUCACUUUUGAUAUUCUGUCAAUAUAGUUCCUGUCAUGGUUUCAAAGUUUAAGCUGCCAUAAAACAGCAACAGUAACUUUGAAAAUAUUGAAAUUUCUAUUUGGGCUUCAUUUGGGUCUAUCUUUUUUAAGGCUAGUUUGCUAUGUAAGUUUACACAAAGUUUUUUGCCUAAUAUCUUAAAAUUUGUUUAUCUGCUUGACUGAUCUUGAGUGAGCCCUGGUAUCUGUAAAGUGACAACGUUUGUUUCAAUGUUGUUUUAUUUGAAUAGCAUGAUCAAACAAUACAACAUUUUUUCUUAAGAGAGAAAACCUUUAGUAGCUGCAAGCACUUUGUAUUUUAUUAUUGGUAGCAAGGGUCAUUUGCAUAUGACUGAUAGUGUGAAUAAACUUAAUAUCUCCUACAUUUAUGUUUGUGUAUAAGUAAUACAUUGUUGCCUUAAAGACCGAUCAAGAACAGAACUGAAAUCCAUUAACAAAGUCAGGCCAAGUCAAUUCAGCUUUAUAACUGUGUAUGUGUUGAUGUAUAUUUUAUUUUUAAAUGUAAAAAUUUAAAAUUUUGCUUCUUGUGUACUUUACCUGGAGAGAUUUCAUCAAUGAUGAAGUAGUUGUAGACAUAUUUAAAAGAGAGUU